CUAAAAAAGUUUAAGGAGGAAAGACACAAAUACACGUAAUAGAGCUGUAUAAUCUUUGUGCACAACAUUUCUUCUUUAUUAUCAUAUUAUGGUUUGGUUUGAAAUUGAUUUCUUCAAGCUUUCCAUAGCUUUCUGGUCUUAGUAUCUUCAAGCUUUCUGGUCACAGAGCCAUUUAUACAAAUAUACAACUACUGAUCAAACAGAGAAGCAUCACAACUUUUGUUCAUUGAAUGCAAAAUUCUUUGUGCUCAAGGUGUGACUUGGUUUAGAGACAUUGACCCACAAAACCAGUCUGUGAUUGCCCCAAGAUAUACUCAUUCUCAAGUCUUAUUUGUGUUGUUUGGGUCCUAUUGGCUGCUUAGCUGGUUUAGAAUGCUUUUUUUUUAUAUGUGGUCAUAAUUUUUUCAUCUUGAUAAAAUUCAAUUAUUAGUGAGUGCCGUGUGGGUUAGGUUAUCAAGAAGGAUAAAGAUUUCUUGAGAGGGGCAUAUUAGGUUUUCUUUGAUGUCAUAUAUUUCUUUGGGAAGGUUUUGAAUCAAAGUAGAUUAUUGAGUAAUAUGGUAAAUGGUGGAAGCAAGGGAAGCUCAGAGGAUCAUUCUUUUGUAAAACCAGGGACUGGCAAGCAGAAUUCGAGGUCAUUCCAAGCUCAGGUAGUUCAGAGGAGUGAGGUGGGAAAGAAUUUCAUGGAGACAGAAGGAAGGGGAUAUUCAGACUUCUAUAGGAACACAAGCGAAGAGAUGUUCUUGAAAUCUUUGAUGGAGAGCUCAAUUGGAAUGCCUGUGCCAACCAUGGAAAUGUUGGGUUUUAAAAAUCUUUCCCAAAAUUUUCGUACAGAUAGCGAGGAACUCUUCAAAAGCUGGCUCACAAACGGAGAGAAUCAUGGCUAUAAUUCAACAAGCAUAUCACAUCAUCCUCGUCAACCAUCACGAAGGAUUACCACAGAACCAGCCAGCUUAUCUAGUCAGCAACUUGGGGGUGUACUUCAGAAGAAAAGAAGCAAUGAUAUUUUAUUACCACAAAUUACUCCCACAGCUGAUGAACAAUCAAGUGAUCUCAAUCAAAAUUCAACAAGGAAUGUGGUUGAGCGAGACUUGCAAGCUAGUAAUCUCUAUUUGGCUAAGGCGUGGUUUCAAAGUUCUCAACCCAUGACAAGAAGUCGAUCCUCUGAACUACGGAAGAGGUAUGCUGCGAUGCAGAACUCUCAAACUUUACUCAGUAUGGAAGCAUUGCAAAAUGUAUCUGGACAUGGUAUCAACAAUUUGAAACAGGAAUUUACAAUUCCAAAUGGAUUUGUUGAUGUUUCAAUGUGUGAGACUCCAAACCAGUUUAGCUCAUUUAUGUCUCCGUCCAAUUCAUCCUCGUCUACCUUCAACGCAUCUCCUAUUGAUAAAGUAGACCAAGUUUCCUCAGUUGUGAGCAUGCUGAAGGGUACACUAGAGCGGAAAAAGCUUAUGAACCAGACUGAGAGAGGAACUGAUGAAGAUAGCUUUUUAGGACUUUAUGGUGCUCAAGAAGUUCUAGGAGACACAAGUUUGAAUCAAGGACAAGGAAAUCAUAUUCACGAGACACUGAGAAUAUUUCAAGAUGUGUCCUCUGUUCAAGUUACCAAUCCUGGACUUCUACAAGCAGUUAAAGGGUCAUUUCAUAUGGAUUUCGAAGGUUUUGUAGCUCCUACAAACCCAAUGCAGAUGUGCACAGUUUCUCGAGAACCUUCGCAAAGUGAAUCUUCUGCAGCUGCACCAGUAAUCUCAACUGGGGUUGAUGCAUGUGAUGGGCCCAGCAAUUCAGGUCAAACUGUGAGUGAGAGCUCUAGGAAACACCCUGGAAAUGGAAGGAGUUCAGAAGCUAAAGACAUCAGGGAACGUAUAUAUGACAACUUAAAAGAUGAUCGAAAGCAAAAAGGAAGUCUUGUUCGAUAUGGAUCAGUGACAUCAACUGGUUCAGUGGACAAAGGGGAUCCAACAAAGAAGCGUAGGGUGGAGCGAUCCCGGAAAAUGGCAGAGGCAAAGGAAAGAAAUCUGACACCAUCAAUUCCAUCAGACAUGCAGUCCAUUUUAAAGCGGUGUGAAAAUCUUGAGAAGGAAGUGCGAUCGCUCAAACUCAACUUGGCUUUCAUGAAUAGAAAAGACUCUGAACAGACCAAGCAGAUAGAAGAACUUCAAAAGCAGAAUGAUGAGCUGACAGAAGAAAAGGAGCGUCUUCUAGAGGAGAUUGAAAGGAUUAUUGCAGACACUGGAAAGAUGUGAGACCUUAGUCUGUUUUAUCCAUCUUCAUCUUCCAUCAUCUCCUCCAUUCGGCACAAGGAUUAACAUUACUAUAAAACCCUUCAAAAAUCCAAAGCCCUUGAAACCGCCUGGGAAUAAAUAAUUGAAACAAUGCAAAUGCAACCCUUCACAUACCAUUAAGGGAGGGUUGCAAGUUUACUAAUGUUCAUAGAGUCCUGUAUUCAGUGCUGUGGUUGGUAUAUUUGACCUGAGUCAUGACGAUGAGUAGUGAUUUUUGUAAAUGUUGAGAGUUGGGUCUGGGGAGCUUCUAUUUGCACACAUCACUUUCACUCUUGAUAUUUAUUUUUAUUACAAUUUUA